AACAUGGCAUGCGCAAUAUGCCUGCGCAACUUCAACUCUAAGCAUGAACCCGUCUGUGCAGGUUGCGCGCAGGCUACCCUCUAUGGAUCACGGAUACAGCAGGCUUCGACCUUACUGGACCGAGAGAGGCAUCAUACCCAGGCUGAAGCAAUCGUGCGGCCGGGCAAUGAUGGUGUCCUUGCGGCGCUCCCAACAGACCAGUUGGCUGUCGAAGGCCGUAUCCAGCGCAUCACUGAGAAGGCAGGCGAGCUCAGACGCCAGAUCGAAGAGUAUAAGCAGUAUAUUACGCAUCGGAGGGAGCAACUUGAGCACAGACGGUCCGAUGUCUUAGAGGAGCGCCAUGAGCUCGAAAGGCAGAGACCGCGGGCUUUCGCGCCCAUCGAAGCCGCGGUUGCGAAGUCAAGACAGAAGGUCCACAAGGUCUACCAACGUACGAUAGAUGCUCGUGUACUCCUUUGCCGUGAGGCGGCUCUGCUGAGUGGCCUCGAUCGUCGGAGAGGGAAAGACGGCAAGCACCGAUACUGGCUCGGUGACCUGCCAAUGCUCGAUCUCAGAGAUAUGCAAGGCAAAGACCUGACGAAUGCAACACCGCCAGGCAACGACAAUGACUCUCAUCUGCAACCUCACGAAGUCAUUUCGGCCAAUAUGGACGACAUCUGUCGUUUGCUUGGCAUCUGCUGUCACUACCUCUCCGUCCGCCUUCCGGCCCAGAUCAUUCUGCCCCACGACGACUUUCCCCACGCCGUUAUCGUGCCUUGGCAAUCCGCCUACAAACUGAAGGAUCCCAAGUAUCCCAAGUCUUCCGCCACUCCGUCCUCGUCCGCCAUGCUGGUUCCUGGGCAGGUCAGACCGAAACGCGACCCACCGCGGCCACGGCCACUCUACCUCGACAGGCCUCUUGCACAGCUGUUCAAACAAGAUCAUAAAACGUUCUUGUUGUUCCUCGAAGGUGUCGCGCUUCUAGCUUACAACGUAGCUUGGCUCUGCCGAUCGCAAGGUGUGGAAAGCAUCAAUAGCUUCGACGACGCCUGCGCUGUUGGACGCAAUCUUUACCGUCUCGUCCUGCACGAGCAACGGCCGCCUAACAGUCGCAAAGUCUCGACGUUAUCGAAGGACGAGAGGCCCGGCUCCGCAAGUGCAGAGGUGAGACUAGGCGCCUACUCCCACGCCUCCGCCGAUCUCUCCUUGACCGGGCAUGAAGGUCUCGCGCUAUUUAAGGAUUGGCGCAUGCCUCUUCCCAACCGGCUCGCGGACAUUUUGAGGUCUCACCUCGUUAGUGAGAUCAGAGGGGCCGAAUGGGAUGUGUUGUCCGAUAAGGAGUGGGACGACGAGCGCGAAGACGAAGUUCCUGUGCUCGUAGGUGGCGCAAGACGGUCGCUCGACCACGCUGGCGUAGCCAUGAGUGUCAUGAGUGUUGCUCCGCAUGAGGCGCAGGCAGAUGGAAAGCAGGGAGUGAAAGGCCAGAGCGGGUGGACGAAAGUCAGAGGACGCAGCGGAGACGGGUAG